UUCUACGGGAGGAUAUAAACAUAUUUGAAUCACUUUUAUAUGGUUUUACCAGAAGAAUUCAUAAUUUUUAAGCUUUUACUUGUAUUUUUAACUGGAAUCAGUGUCAUCCAGACGCUUUAAUAAAUUUCAAUCAGCUGAUAGACUGUGUUAGCGAGAAGCUUAUUAUCGGAUAGAUGACAAAGCAUUUAAGAUACACUGACUUUUGUAAACAAUAUGGCAACACCGACAAACUCUAUAAAACUAUUUAUUUUAUGUGUGAUUUUAACAGAUGUAAGCCACAUAUCACAGACGACAAGGUAUUUCUUUAACUCAGAUCAUGCUACUAGCUCCAGAUUUGAAAAUCAAUUCGCUAUUAACCAAAGAAAAUUAGAUUAUUCCUGUACUGGAGCUGAACAACUCAAAUGUAACUGGACUUUUCAGGGAUUUCAAACAAAUGCCCUACAUCAACUAUUCUACCACACCCAGUAUACAAGGAGAAAUCUAGCAAUACCAAUUGACUUUCGUUUUUGUGUAAAAAUAUUGAUAAUUCAGCUUUCUGGAGACAUUGCCCUUAACCCAGGGCCCAUUAAAUUUCCCUGUGGAGGCUGCUACAGGCCUGUAGCUUCAAACCACCGUGCAGUGUACUGCGAGGCAUGCUACUUAUGGUGGCACAUCAAAUGUGCUACUAUCUCAGCAAGUGAAUACGUCAAACUAAGUAACGACGACGAACCAUGGUUGUGCAGAAAUUGUAACACGUUUCAUUUUAGUGACUCAUAUUUCGAACCGAACAUCAGCUUAGACUCUUCAAUUCAAUCGGAUUGUGAAGACAAUGACAUUCCAGCUAUUUUUGAUGAACUUAUAAAUAUUAAAAAAGAAAGUCCAAAUAAAUUCACAUGUGCAUAUAUAAAUAUUAAUAGUUUAAGGAACAAAUUCGACUUUUUAAAAGAAAUUCUUAUUAAAAAUAUUGUUGAUAUUCUAUUUAUUGCAGAAACAAAACUAGAUGGUUCUUUCCCGGAUGCACAAUGGCAGGUUAACGGAUAUCACUUAUGGCGAGCAGACAGAAAUGACAAAGGUGGUGGGAUUGCAGUGUACUUAAGGUCAGAUAUAGCUGGAGAUAGAAAAUCAAAUCUCGAAUUUACAGAUAUAGAAUCUAUAUUCAUAGAGGUAUAAAAAUGUAGCCAUUAUCCCUCAGGUAAGAACCACCAGUUAUGGCAGCAACUCUUUUCGUUCCUAUGCACCUAAACUAUGGAAUUCACUUCCUCAACACCUCAGAAUGGAAGUGAAUUAUGACCAAUUUAAAAGUCUAAUUGGUGCAUGGAAUGGAGAGAGUUGCUCAUGUACUUUCUGUCAAUAAACCUGCAUUAUAGUUUAGCUCCAUCUUCAGUUUUGUUUCUUGCCUGCUUUCUUUUGUUUUGCUGCUUACUUACAUGUAUCUGUUUAUUUCACAUUUGGCUUAAAUUUUGUUAAUAUUCUCAACAUAAAUGAUUAUGUACAUGUAUUAUUUUUCCAGUAUGCUUGAAUUUUUGUUUGCUUAUUGUCAGCUUUUUGCGAAGUUUGCUUAUUGAGGAGGCUGCUGAUCACUUCUUACAAAUUUUGUAUUGGGGAUUUUUAUUUAUAAAACCUAAUUGUGAUCCUUUUCAUUUUCAAUAUCAUAUUUCCUUUCUUUUAUAGCAGUCCAGGCUAGGCCUGGGUCAAGAUCAGCAGUAUCCACCCACUUUUAAUGUAAUCUUAUUUUAUGUAUGUGCUAAUAUAUUCCGCAUUUUAUCUAGAUAUAUAUCUUUUUAUUCACUUAUGAUACAGUAUAGAACUUUUAAGCAUAUCAUUAGCAUAUCAUUACUAUUUAUUAAUUAUUAUUAUUUUAUUUUAAAUUAUAACAUUUAAUGUCUACAUCCCAUAUUAUAGUAAUUUAACUUAUCUUUUACCAUUUGUCUUUCAAAGUUUAAUAUCUUAAUGUGCUUCUUUUAUGAGUUUUAUGUUUAUAUCAUUAUGCAUGUAUGUCGGUCAAAAGCUAUACAUAGCUUAUGUUUUGUAAAAUGUUAUAUAUAUACCGACAAUAAAUAAAUUUUGAUUUGA